AUGGGCAUCCCCUACAGCACGGCGCGGUGGGUGGCGCCGGCGUCGUUCCUGUUCGACUUCGCGGCGCAGCAGUACGGGAUGCUGUCGACGCCGAACAUGAAGGACGUGCACGACGCGAACCCGUCCUUCUUCAGCCCGCAGCCGUACGCCGUCGCGCUCUUCUUCUUCCCGCAGCAGCUCGCGCAGCUGUGGUGGCUGUGGCGGCUGUGGCGGCGGCAGGGCAGCGAGCGCGACGUCAGGGAGAUGGUGGACUACGUGCCCGUGUACGCGCUGGGGAAUGUGUGUAUUGGGGCAUGGAUGUUCUUCUGGAACUCGUCGCACCUCCGCGCCUCCAACGCCUUCGUCGCCCUCAACACCAUCUCCCAGCUCGCCUACCUCACCACCGGCCGCCUCGGGCCCCUCCGCACCUCCAGCCCCUCGUCGGCCCUCACCCACGUCGUCGCCAAGACCUUCGCCGGCAUCGGCGUCCUCGACCUGCUGCACAACACCUCGGCCGCCUACUUCCCGGGCGUCCUGUCGCCCGGCGCCGCGGUGAGGGUGCUGACGGGCGUGGGGUUCGCGGUCGCGGGCGCGGCGAGCGAUUGGAUUUUGGGGGGCUGUUUGGUGUAUGAUCUUUUGGCGUUGGCGGUGGGGCAGCGCGAGGUGGGCGAGGGGCGGUGGGCGGGGUUGUUGGGCGCGUAUGCGGUGGGGACGGCGGCGGUGGUCGGGUUGGGGAAUUGGGUGAUGUGA